GAUAAUUUUCAAUAAGGAAAGCUGCAACGAUAAUUACAAAUGUAUGAUAUAAUUUGAAAUUCUUUUUUGUUUUCUUUUUAAUUAGUUUCAGAUUUAAACAGAAAUUUUUUUUUCUUUUUUUACUAGCGAAACAAACAACAAUUAGACGUAAAGAUGAUACAGAUAAGCGAUCGAAGACUCCUUAAAACAAUAUUGAAGAUUCGAAUUAAUCUACGCUAGAUGAGAUUCAGAGUUUUUGGAGAAUAUGAUGAUAAAGGACUGACGAAGUAUUUGCGCGUUAAUGAACUAAACAAUUCGCAGAAAUUCGACAAAAUACGGGAGAGAUAUCCUAAAUUUUUCUUACAACACUUGGAAAUUUUAAAAAGGCUUUGUCGUUCGUAUUUACUUAUACUCACAUUUCUGAAGUAUCUUUUUUCUUUAUACAAAAUAUACCUAUAUUGCCAUCUUUUUCAGUAAAUUCUCAGGAAUUUCCCAAAUCUACGAGAAUAAUCUUUGUAAACGUGUACACCGUCGUUCCCCGAGUUAUAACGUUGUCGUUCGUUUUGCUUUUCUUGUUCUACUUUUUUUUUUUUUUUUUUUUUUUAAUUAAUUAAUUAAAUAAAAGAACAUUAAAAAAGAAUCUAUCUGUCUGUCUAAUAUAACGUUAAAACGCAGAAAAUCAAAUCAAUAUAAAGAGAAAGAGUAUGAUGAUUUUAAUAACCAUAAUAAUGAUCUAUCUUGUGCAAAAUUAAUGCGACAGAAUUGCAGUAAACAAGUCUGACGUAAAGCUUGUUAACAAUUAAUGGUCACAAAACAUUAAUGGUCAUAAGAACAUAAUCUAUAAAAAAAAAAACCACGAACGACGACGAUAUUCAAACUCAGUACGAGGAAGCUUCUAUCUCUAUUAUAUUCUCUACCAUUUCUUUACAGCCUAUCGUUGCCGGAACUCUUUUCAAUUAAGAUGUAUGUUCGUACUUUUAAGCACUAUGUAUAGCACCUUUGCUACCUUUUUUCGUGUGUUGCGCUGUAAAAUCCGUACAUAACAACACACUCUCUCAACAGUUUUGAGACAUAUACUAAUGUACUUAAACCAUCUGUGAGUCUGCCUCGUCUUUUAUAAAAUUCUUGCUAUAUUCAACUGUAUUUUUGUUCUUUAAUCUCCUUUGUCAUAAAUAUCAUGUUCUAUUGUGAAAAAUUUAAUUCAAGAUAGGUACCAGCUUAGGUAUUUGUAUAUUUAUUUCGAUUAAUUUCUAAUAAAAUAAACCGUAUCUUCUUACAAUAUCCGCCAUUACGGAUGAGGAGGGGAUGGAUAAUGGGACGCGCAUGCGCGAAAUGUUGUAAGUACACGCGAGUAAUCACUCGUGGCAGUUGUCUUACAGACUUUAUGGUGAGAAGUGAAUGAGAUUGAGGUUAUCAUAAAUUUCAAUUAAAUUCUCAUUAAAGAAAAAUUUUCUUAUCUCGUUCGGAGACUUAUAAUGUUUAUAUAGGAUGCCGAAGAAUUCGUAAAACGUAUUGUUUGAAAUCAAAAGUAUUUAUUUGUAUUAAAUUAUAUUAAGCGAUAUGUGUUUUAUUCGCAAACGUAUUGUCAAUGAAUUAUUCGCAUGUAGUCCACAAUAUUUUCCCAAGAACGAAAGAUUAUUCUGAAAAUUCAAUUUAAUAAUUUGAUAUUAUAAAAGAGAUAUCAGUAAUUAAAUUGAAAAAUUAUUUAAAUCGUUAAGAACGUAAUACACGACCUUGGCGAAUUAUAUAUUUUAUUAAAAAUUGGUAGAAUCGUUUGUACAUUGUACGAAAUAUAAAAGUUACAAGAUGUUAACCAAAAAAUUAAGUAAUAGAAGAAUAUUGGUUGACAUUCUUGUCCUAUUUUUUGGUAUUGGUGCAUGGAUCGGUAUAAAUGGUAUUUACGUGCAAUUACCCCUUUUAAUAAAUAAUGCGCCAGAAGGAUGGAAUUUACCAGCCCAUAUGGUAAUGCUAGUACAAUUUGCUAACUUAGGACCAAUUCUAUACACGCUGUAUAUUAAAUAUACUGCAUGGGCAUAUGAUAAACUAAUCAUAUAUGGAAUGCUAAUUGCAGCUGUACUAUCUACUUUUAUUUUAGCAUUCCUCUAUAAUAAAACAUCAGUAAUAUUUGGAAAUAUGCAUUCAACGAGUCUCCUGUCUCUGAUGUUUGUAACAGCUAUCGUUGGAUGUACUAGUUCUGUUCUUUUCAUGCCUUACAUGAGGAAUUACCGUGAAAUUUAUCUGGUUUCCUAUCUUGUAGGAGAAGGUCUUAGUGGCUUUAUACCUAGUAUUGUGGCAUUGAUUCAGGGUGUUGGUGGAAAUCCUGGAUGUAAAAAUGUUACUAAAGCAGGAUCAUCUGAUUUAAAGUUUGAACCUUUCUAUCCAGAUCCCAGGUUUUCUACACAGACAUUUUUUAUUUUCAUCUGUGCGUUAUUAUUUUUGAGUUUUUUUUCUUUUCUUGGAUUAAACAAAUUGCCAGUCGCUAUUGGCGAGAGGGUUAAACUUCCAUCGAGCAUGGAAACACUACCAACAGAUACCAAAGCUCCACCAAGUUAUAAAACAAAUUCAGGCUGGACAAUGUCCAAACGUACAUAUUAUUAUUUGUUAUCUAUGAUGGCACUUGUUUGUUUUCUUGGUCAUGGUACUCUUCCUAGUAUUCAAUCUUAUUCUUGUUUACCUUAUGGAAAUGUAGGUUAUCAUUUAACAAUAACAUUAUCUUCAAUGGCUGGUCCAUUAGCAAUGUGUUUAGGUUUUAUUAUAAAGUCUCCAAAAAUUAGUCUUCUUAGCGGACUUAUGGGACUAGUUAUUAUUCUAUCUUGUUUUGUUUUAUUUUUAGCUGUAAAAUCACCUAAUCCACCUCUACAGCAUACAUGGAUGGGUGAAAUGUUAGUUGUAGUUUCAUGGAUAUUAGUUAAUGGUUUAAUAGGAUUUAUAAAAAUGGGUAUUACCACUUUAUUCAGACCAGACCCAGGUAGAGGUUUAUAUUAUACCGGUGUUGCUACACAAAUUGGUUCUCUAAUAGGUGCAAUAAUAACAUUUGUGUUAGUUAAUCAUAUGAAAAUCUUUCAUUCGUACUCUCCAUGUGAUAAUGUACAUUGAUUUUUCUUUAAAUUAUAUGAAGAAAUAGUUCUCACGUUUUAUGUGAUGUUUCUAAUAGUAGUACUUAAUUAACUAUUAAAACUACUUACAGUCUGUCAGAAUUAGAAAAGAAAAUGACAAUGAAUGCCUGUCAAGUUGGUUAAGUAAAUAGACAUAAUUCAGAUCACACAGUGAUAGUUAUUUAAAAUAAAUAAAUGAUAUAUUCAUA